AUGGAAGACAACUCCCAAUCAUAUAAGACUAUAUUUUCACUGGGGCGGUUCAAAAUCCGAAAACUAAAAAAUGGGGCUCCCAAAGAACAAGCCAAAGGGCUCCCCAAACCCCUAACACCUCCACCCAAAGUGGAGGACAAUGGAUCUCUUUGUGCCCCACCGGAUUACGAGACCAUGAUGGACGCCUCCCCCCGAUAUGAAUUCUACGCCCUUUCAGGACCGCCGGGACGUCGAAAGAUUCGGCCUACGCUUGACAUGCUCAGAAAUGCAACACCGUCCUCUCCGCCUCAUCAGGAUUCUACAAAGGAGGGGGGCGGUAUUGACGUGGAAGCUGACAAACCAAAAUCCGAACCUGUCCGGUUCGGCUGGGUGACUGGUGUCAUGAUCCGGUGCAUGCUGAACAUUUGGGGUGUGAUCCUUUACCUGCGUUUGCCAUGGAUAACUGCUCAGGCUGGUAUAGGGCUGACCUGGCUGAUCAUUUUAAUGUCAACGGUGGUGACGACCAUCACUGGCCUAUCCAUUUCGGCCAUCUCCACCAAUGGCAAAGUCAAAGCAGGAGGUACUUAUUUCAUCAUCUCGCGUAGCUUGGGCCCGGAGCUUGGUGGCUCCAUCGGGCUUCUCUUCUCCUUCGCCAACGCCGUCGCUGUGGCCAUGCAUGUGGUGGGCUUUGCCGAAACGGUCAGGGAUCUCUUGGUGGAGUACGACGCGGUGAUGUGUGACCCAGUGAACGACAUACGCAUCAUAGGUGUGAUCACUGUCACUUUCCUGCUUGCCAUUACUGUCGCUGGCAUGGAAUGGGAAGCGAAGGCUCAGAUUGUCUUCUUCAUUGUCAUCAUGGUAUCUUUCAUCAACUUCUUCGUCGGGACCUUUAUGCCAACCUCAAAAGAACAGCAGUCCAAGGGGCAUUUCAGCUAUAAAAGCGAAAUCUUCUUGCAGAACAUGAUGCCCGACUGGCGAGGAGAGGAUGGGAGUUUCUUUGGCAUGUUCUCCAUCUUCUUCCCUUCAGCUACUGGCAUCCUGGCUGGUGCCAACAUCUCCGGAGACCUCAAGGACCCUGCAGUGGCCAUCCCUCAAGGAACACUCAUGGCCAUCUUCUUGACCACUGUGACGUACCUGGCUAUCACUGCCACCAUAGGCGCUUGCAUGAUCCGUGAUGCCAGCGGCAGCCUGAAUGACACCAUAGCCGCCACCAACAUCACGGGGGAGGACUGUGUCGGUUUGGGUUGUGGCUACGGGUGGAACUUCACAGAGUGCACCUUGGAUGGGACCUGCAAAUACGGGCUGGCCAAUGACUACCAGACGUUGCGCAUGGUGUCAGCCUUUGCCCCCCUCAUCACUGCCGGGAUUUUCGCCGCCACCCUGUCUUCUGCUUUGGCUUGUCUCGUCUCUGCUCCUAAAGUCUUCCAGUGCCUUUGCCAGGACCACCUUUACCCCUUCAUUGGCUACUUUUCCAAGGGAUACGGGAAGAACAAUGAGCCUCUCCGGGCCUACGUCUUGACCUACGUCUUGGCUGUGGCCUUCAUCCUCAUUGCCAAUCUCAACACCAUCGCCCCCAUCAUUUCCAACUUCUUCCUCUGCUCGUACGCCCUCAUCAACUUCAGCUGCUUCCACGCCACCAUCACCAACUCCCCAGGCUGGAGACCUUCCUUCCGCUACUUCAACAAAUGGACUGCCCUCUUCGGGUCUGUCAUCUCCGUAGUCAUCAUGUUCCUGCUGACGUGGUGGGCAGCCCUCAUCGUGGUUGGGGUCAUUGUCAUGAGCUUGGCGUACGUCGCCUACAAGAAACCGGAGGCAAACUGGGGUUCCUCGGUGCAAGCUGGCACCUACAACAUGGCCCUGUCAAACGCUGUGAACCUUGUCAACGUAGAAGAUCAUGUCAAGAAUUUCCGGCCACAAUGUAUGGUCCUCUCUGGCCCACCCAACUUUCGCCCAGCCCUGGUGGAUUUUGUUGGCGCCUUCACCAAGGGGGUGAGCCUCAUGAUCUGUGGAAACGUGCUGGAGGGGCCAGACACCCCGUCCGCCGACGAUUACGACGAACAGCUCCUGUGGAUGAGUUCUCGGAAGGUCCGCUCGUUCUACGCCUGCAUCUCAACAUCCGAUCUGAGAACGGGGGCGAGAAACCUCAUGCAGGUCUCGGGCUUGGGCCGUCUCAAACCCAACACCAUCGUCCUGGGUUACAAGCAGAACUGGCAAUCAGACAGUCCCCACAGCCUGGACAGUUACGUGGGCAUAAUACACGAUGCUUUUGACAUCAGUGCAGGAGUGUGCGUCCUCCGGAUGCGCGACGGGCUGGAUGAGUCACGGACGGUGAAGGCCCAAGUGAACUUGGGCUUUGAGGAUCCUGAAGCAACUGUGGGCCCGGAGAGUAAAUGUGAGGCAUUCAAAGUAAUUGGUGCCGACAAGCUCCUGGAGACAGUGUUCCAGAGCAAGCAGAAGAAGAAAAACAUCGACAUCUAUUGGCUGUUCGAUGAUGGUGGGCUGACCCUUCUCAUCCCCUACCUCCUCACCCGCCGAAAACGCUGGAGCCACUGCAAAGUCCGCGUCUUCAUCAGCGGGCAGAUCUCCGAUGCUGAACAGCAAAGAAAAGAGAUCCAGCUGCUGCUGAACAAGUUCCGCUUGGGCUUCCACGAGGUCGUGGUGCUGCCUGAAAUGAAGUGGAAGCCGGAGGAGACGAGCCUCAAAGAGUUUGAGGAUCUCAUCGCCCCAUUCCGCCUCAACGAAGGCCAGAGGGGCCAAGAAGCCAUGGAAGACAUGAAAAAGGACGAGCCCUGGAAAGUCACCGACGAAGACCUCAGAGUCUACAAGAGAAAGACCGAGCAGCACAUUUAUCUCCACGAGAUCCUGCAGGACCAUUCACGCAAUGCGGCCCUGAUCGUCAUGAGCCUCCCUGUAGUCCGAAAAGAGGCCUGUCCAAGCGCGCUCUACAUGGCCUGGCUGGAGACCGUCUCCAAGAACCUACACCCGCCCUUCGCCUUCAUCCGGGGUAACCAGCAGGAUGUACUGACGGUCUACUGCCAGUAG